AUGUCAUCCGAAGAUGUCCUCAAGCACCUGGAGGAGAUGAAGUCGAGUAUGUCUUCCGUACGGGAACUAAUAGGCUCUCUGCGAAAUGACGAUGAUCGACUCGACUGCAAGGACGGGAUCUCCCUCCUCUCCCUCAAGCACCACAUUAUGCUCACGUACAUGCAAUCUUUGGCGCUUGUCAGCGCCCGCCGCGUCGUUGGACAUUCCCUCGCGGUUCGUACCCAGCCGGCGGAGCCUUACAGCUCUGCAGAGCGCUCAUCGCGCGGAAGCGAGCCUGGAGACCUGGUCGACUCUAUGAUCGAAGGGCGUAUAGCUCUGGAAAAGAUCAACAUUCUUGAGGGCCGCAUGCGCUAUCAGAUCGAGAAGCUAGUACGCCUCGCGGAAGAGCCUGAGAAGAGCACUAAUGUUGCUGAUGAUCCCCUCGCCUUCCGCCCCAACCCCCAAAACCUCGUUGACGCGCAGGACGACGACUCCGACGCCGAAUCCGUCGCCUCCAAAGCGUCCUCCUCCGGCGACAAAGACCAGAUCUAUCGCCCACCCCGCCUCGCCCCUAUGCCCUACAACCCCACCACCUCCAAAGAAAAGCGCGCGUCCAAACGCACCGCCCUUCCACCGCCCACCGCGCUCCGCGCCCUCGCCGACCCCGCGCAGCCGCACGCCGAAUCCACCUCCGGGCUGGGGACGACCCCUUCAUUGCAGUCUGCGCGUGCUCGUUAUCUGAACCGCCUCACGAACUACGAAGAGGAGAACUUCACGCGCGUGGUGAUGAAGAAGCGCGAUGCGCUGCGGCGCGUGCGGGACGAAGAGGACAUGGCGCUCGGCGCAGACCUGAGCGACCCGCGGCGCGGGGGGAAGAACCGGCGCCGCGGUGGCUUGGAGGACGAGUUCGGGGACGUACUCAAAGACGCGGAGCGCGUGGGCGGCGCGGGCGAUGCGUAUGAGGAGCUGAGGCAGAGGGGGAAGAAGCGCAGCUUGUUGGAGAGGAGCCGCGCGAGGAGAGGGGAUGUGGCGGAUGACGACGAGGGGGAGCGCCCUGGGAAGAAGCGGAAGACGCGCUUCGAGUUGGCGGCGAAGAGUGUGGGCAAGCGGAUGCGGAAGCAGGGCAAGAAGGCAUGA